CAAAAAUACUGCCCAACCCUAACUACCACCACCAUGGCAUCAGCAAGCAGCUCUGCACAGGCAGCCUUCGGACUGGGCCGCAGGAAGAAGAACCCCACCAUCCUGGAUCAGAUUGGAAAGUUCUUUGGAGGCGACAAGAAGAGGAAGAGCAAGGGAUCUUUCCGAGGUGCUCUGUCUCCAGCCCCUCAGAAAGGUUCGGCUACUUCCCCUCGUAAGCGUGGAGCGGAGAACGCCGUGGUUCACUUCUUCCGGUCGAUCGUGUCUCCUGCCCCUCCCAAGUCUAGGUGGAGGGGACUAGCUGCCAAGAUAGGCCUGGGCGAUCAGAAGUCACAGUCUGCUAAAAAGAAGGCCAGCGCAGGGGACGGCAAAGGCACCCUGACCAAGAUCUUCAAAAUGUGAUGAUAUCGCAAGCCGAGGAAGCAGAAGUGCUUCUCCAGCCAAACGCUGAGCUCCCUCUCUGCGACCCCUUCCACCGGCACAAGGCCACACGUUCGAGAACAAGGGAAAAGGAGGAAAAGGAGGAAAUCUUGUUCCCCCCUCACACUCACCUCUCCACGCAUCUCCGAUAACACUCUAAUGUUCGCUAAAUCCCCAAAGUGACCCGUGCCGCCCCCCAACUCUCCCAUUUGGCUGGUAGAUAGCGACACAAUCUGUUCCCCCGCCGCCAUGCGCUGUGCUGAGUCUCUGCGUCUGUGCACUCAUCAUCAUCAUCAUCGUCAUCAUCAUCAGUGUGAACCGUCUGCUGAAAGUGAUCCUGAAGCCGCUCACAUGUGCAGCCUGAGUGACCCCUGACCCCUGCCGUGGCUCUCUCUCUCUCUACCUGUGCUUGAUUUCUGUCGUCGUCAUCGAUCGUUUGGCUAACCAGGGUGGCGCAACUGAAGCGGAGCGACCCGGGCCGUCUGGAGGGAAAGGCCGGUGCAAGUCCGACUGACUUGACCGUCACUGCCAAUACAAGUUUGUGUGAAAAGACCGGGCUGUGUCUCUGCUUCAGUACAGGACGGUUUUCUGUCUCGUCAAACUUUUGUCUUUGUCUUUUCCUCAACCCAAGUGUCUUUUUCUGUAAAUCACACCGUGUUUGUUUUUUAAUGGAUUUAACUUUUACAUUUAUUAUGAGGGCCAUUUCGGCAGCAAUGUGUGUAUUGUCAUUCGACCAUUCACCCUCGUGUGUCUUAGCUGUAGUUAAGUGUCCAGUCGUAGUGUGAUGUUUCUGUGUUUUAUUAGGGCCUGAGGCUGGCUGUGAACGUUUCUGUGGCAUGGAUUGAUUUUAUUAACACUUUAAAUCUCUAUUUUUUGCAGCAGUCACUGAAUUGCAAUAAACAAUAGAUAAAUUCACCAUUUCUAAUGUUUCAGUUCUUUUUCAGUCCAUUAGAUAACGACAUAUAGUCACUAAUCUUGUAGUGUAUAAAGGCAUGGGAGUUCUCCCAGCCGUACACAUAUGUAAUUUCUUCUGUAGUGCACUGUUUCCACCUUGUCCAGCAGUCAGACUGCUCUGACCGGGCUGUUGUGUCGGAGCUGCAGCGUGAUGCCAGGUCCACACGUCUCCCUGCAGUUUGGUGCAGUCUGCCUCUCUGCUCCCCGCCUUAGAUGUCCCUCGCUCUUUAGACGGCACGUGCCACACCGCAAGCUCAACAAGUGCCGUGUUUUCUGACUACCAAAACCGACGUGCCGUGUUUUCUUCAUGUGUAUAUUUCAAACACAAACACAGUUUCAAAAAGGUGCUCUCUAACUAACUGGGUAAUGGACGUAAACAGAGUCGCAGAUGGUUCCAGAGAAUGUGGCUGAGAGUUUUUUUCGGAAGAGGAGUUCCAGGAAUAGCUUAGCACUACCACUUGUGCUGUUCACAACUUCCAUUUUCCAAAUGGUUUCUUGUGUUUAAAAAAAAAAAAAAAAAAAAAAAAAAAAAGCAGGUGUGUGUGAUCUGCAGCAUGCAUCCCCCCUACUGUUUGUGUGUGUGUGCUUGAGCCUUGAAUGUUGUGUACCUGAGUGUGUAUGUGUGUUUUUUUUGUUUGGGUCCUGCGAAUGAAUGUAAAGACCUUCAUUAUUGUACCUGAAAUAAACAUGACCAGCCACUUACCUUGAAAUAAAUAAAAAAAAAUAAAUAAAUGAAUUAAAAAUGAUGAGACCAA